AUGAUGGGUAUGAAACGCCUCGUCCUCACGCUGUUGCUUUCCAGCUGGCUUCAUCAAGGAGGCUAUGGCUUUCAACCUCUCCAUCCACAGCGACAAAGCCGGAAUCUGCAAGUUGCUUUGGCGGCUCUUCGCGUCCCUCAAAAUCCUCUCACCUCCUCGAAUAAUAAGCAAGGCAAUCCACCCGAGAAUCUCCUGGUCGAGGACAGAAGUGACAAUGAGGAAGCGCCAUCCUUGAAUACGGCCGCCGGAGGUUUGAUCACGGAACGAUUCUUGAUUAAAAAGAACAUGAGUCAAGAGGAUGAAAUCAAAAUCAACAAUGCCGAUGGCAUUUACGGGCUUUCGGCAUUUUCCUUGCUUAUUUCAGGGUACUUUCGCGUGACCGAAUUUGCCAAGGGAUGGGACUUUUAUCAACACGAACCCAUUUUCUGGUUGAAAAUGAGUAGUGUUGCCGUCUUGGGAGGACUCUCGUUUUUCCCGGCCAUUGUCUUUUUCAAAAGAGAUCAGGCGCGACAACAAGGACAAACGUUGGCGCCGCUGUCCGAUGCUCUCGUGGAGCGCAUCACCACACUCAUCAAUGCCGAGAUUCUGGCACUCUUGACCAUUCCGCUCUUUGCCAGUCUCAUGGCGCGAGGGGUCUUGUACAUGGACAACUUUCCAUGGCCUUUGGGUGUGGUGCUUUACGUUGUUUCGUUGGGCGGAGCUGGCUACAAGUAUGGAAAGGAAGCUUUUGAAAUGAUAGAAUCAGAACAAGCUCUGGUUCCAAUUGGGAAAGAGGAAGAGGCUAGUAGCUAG